AUGACUACCGACCGACCAAAACCACCCGCCCAACCACAACGCCCAGAACCGCGAAACCACCACACUUUCGAUCCCUGGCAGUCAGCCUCAACGGGACACCAGCGAGCAGCUGAAGGUGGCGGUUUCCUCGGCUCAACAUCAUGGCGGGAGACGCGCUCGGCGAAACUGACCAUGCAGUAUCAAAGCGGGGAUUGUCUUCCAGGACGGGCCUUGGGACUGGGAGUGCGGAACACAGCAACGCGAGAGUCGACGCUUGUACCCGGUGCGUUCGAUGGGAAAUGCACGCAGUCGCCGCCUAAAGUACCCACUUAUGGUGAAUGGGCCAUGGUUGCUGGGGAUGUGGCUAAGCGCAAUGAACUCGGCGUUCGGGAUAUUCGGUCGUUUAUGGGCGUUAGCAAGCGGAAGGCAGUGGAUGAACUUGAAAAUGAUACCAAGGCCGAGACGAAGAAGAUUAGGACUGUUGUUGGAGGGAACCGGAGUCCGAGCCCAACACGAAAUACAAAGGAAACGGAAAAGGAAAAGGAAAAGGAACAGUCUCAAAUAGAAGGCAACCCCCAACCCGACUCCGGCUCUGGCGCCAGCCUCGAUCUGAGAUCGACUUCGCAUAUCUUUGCCGGUGUUACGAUUUUCAUCAAUGGCUCCACGCUUCCCCAGAUCUCGGAGUAUAAGCUGAAGCACCUACUUGCGUCGAACGGUGCGAAGACUUCUAUCUACAUGGCCCGGAAGACGGUGACGCAUGUUCUCAUCGGACAGCCCAAUACCGGGUUUGGAAGUGGAAAAGCUGUGGUUGGUGCAGGGGGAGGUCUUGCUGCUGGUAAGCUUCAGGAGGAAAUUGCUCGUGGGGGGUGGAAAGGUGUGAAGGUUGUUAGUGUGGACUGGGCUCUCGAGAGUAUUAAAGCCGGGCGUCGUCUUGCGGAGUCCCGGUUCCCUGGUAUGCAUGUUGCGGCUAUGGGGCAGCGGAGUGUUGCUGGGAUGUUUGGGGCGCAGGGGGCGAAGUGA